GUGACAGACCUCUGAUCUGAGGACCUUACUGGUCAGACGAAGGGGUGUGCUUAGCUGAAGGUGUUUUUUUCACCUCCUUCCACGGCUUCCAGGAUUUUACUUUCCUCGCUGAGCUGUAGAGAACAUGUCUCUCGUCUCCAUACCGCCACCACAAUGCCUGCAGAAGCCUCUGCUGGUUCCGCAUCGUCAUAUGUUUGGACCAGGACCUUCCAACGUUCCUCCACGCAUCGUGGAGGCUGGAGCCAAGCCUGUUAUUGGACACAUGCACCCAGAGAUAUUUGAGAUCAUGAGCGACAUCAAAAGUGGAAUCCAGUACAUAUUCCAGACUCAUAACAAGAUGACUUUUGUUGUGAGUGGCGCUGGCCACUCUGCGAUGGAGUGUGCCAUCUUCAACACGGUGGAGUCUGGGGACAGCGUGCUGACAGCGGUGAAUGGCAUCUGGGGAGAGCGGGCAACAGAAAUGGCAGAAAGGAUAGGUGCCAAAGUAAACACCAUAGUGGCGCCACCUGGUGGCUACUUGUCCAACACUGACAUUGAAAAGGCUUUAUCAAAACACAGACCAGUGCUGUUCUUUGUUGCACAUGGAGAGUCCACUACAGGAGUCCUGCAUCCACUGGAUGGCAUUGGAGACCUGUGCCAUAAGUAUAACUGCCUGUUGCUUGUCGACUCUGUGGCUUCAAUAGGAGGAACCCCUCUCUACAUGGACCAACAAGGGAUUGACAUCCUGUACACAGGCUCCCAAAAGGUUCUGAAUGCCCCUCCGGGUACAGCGCCCAUCUCAUUCAGUGAAAGAGCAUGUCAAAAGAUUUUCAACCGAAAGACAAAACCGGUGUCGUUCUUCUUGGAUUUGAGUUGGCUUGCAAACUACUGGGGAUGUGAUGACAAGCCGAGAGUAUAUCACCACACCGGUCCUGUCACGGCUUUAUACGCCCUGAGGGAGAGUCUGGCAGUCCUCGCUGAAGAGGGUCUGGAGAAUUCCUGGAAAAGACAUCAAAAUGUGGCUGAAUAUUUCCACGCUGGCCUGGAGAACAUGGGUCUCAAACUUUUUGUCAAAGAAAAGCAUGUAAGGCUGCCUACAGUUACCACCAUCGUUGCUCCUCAUGGAUACGACUGGAAAGAGAUCACAAGCUACAUCAUGAAAACUCACAAUCUAGAGAUUUCUGGAGGGCUGGGAUCAUCAGUCGGCUUGGUGCUGCGUGUGGGACUGAUGGGAUGUAACAGCAGCAAGGCUAAUGUGGACAUGGUGCUUGCAGCGCUGAAAGAUGCUCUGAAACACUGUCACAAGAGCAAAGUUUGAUAUGUUUCUGCUCAAUGGUGUAAAAAAGUGGGAAAAAUAAACAAUUACUCUUGGAAAA